UUCCCACGCACGCCCCAGGCUCCACCGUCUUCGCAAUCCCCACGCACACACUUCCAUCCUUUCCUCAAACCCUGCAAAUGCUCCACCCCUCCGCUUCCCGUCGCCGGCUCCCAAAACCCUAGGCCCCGCGCGCCGAUGUUGCCGCUGGCGGUGGCGGCCGGCGGUCCCGCGGAAACCCCCGUCCCGGCGUGGCUCCGCGGCCUCCCGCGCGCCCCGGAGUACCGCCCCACGGAGUCGGAGUUUGCAGACCCCAUCGCCUUCCUCUCCCGCGUGGAGCGCGAGGCCGCCGCAUACGGCAUCUGCAAGGUUAUCCCGCCCUACCCGCGCCCCUCCCGCCGCUUCGUCUUCGCGCACCUCAACCGCUCCCUCGUCUCCUCCUCCUCCUCCGACGCCGCCAAUCCUACCACCUCCGGCUCCUCCAACCCUGCAUCCUCCCGGGCGGAAUCCGCAUCCGUGUUCACCACCCGACACCAGGAACUCGGCACCCCGCGGCGUGGGCACCCGCCGGCGCAGGUGCUGAAGCAGGUGUGGCAGAGCGGCGAGCGGUACACGCUCGAGCAGUUUGAGGCCAAGUCCCGUGCUUUCUCGAAGACCCACCUCGCGGGGCUUCGCGAGCCGACUCCAAUGGAGGUAGAAUCCCUCUUUUGGAAGGCGUCGGCGAACCGUCCUAUCUAUAUUGAGUACGCGAAUGACGUCCCAGGAUCCGGCUUUGCCGCUCCAGCGCAGUCCUGGCGGGAUAAGAAGCGGAAACGGGAGGGCGCCCUGGUGGACGAUGGGGAGAAGGGUUCCGGAUGGAGGCUGUCAGGAAGCCCAUGGAACCUCCAGGCGAUUGCACGGGCUCCUGGGUCACUCACACGAUUCAUGCCGGAUGAUGUUCCUGGGGUAACCUCUCCAAUGGUGUACAUUGGAAUGCUCUUUAGUUGGUUUGCAUGGCAUGUCGAGGACCAUGAGUUGCACAGUCUCAACUUCCUCCACACUGGCGCACCCAAGACGUGGUAUGCAGUUCCUGGAGACCAGGCUGCUGAGCUUGAGGAAGUUACCCGUGUGCAUGGAUAUGGAGGGAACUCUGACCGCCUUGCGUCGCUGGCCGUGCUAGGGGAGAAAACAACAUUGAUGUCCCCAGAAGUCCUCAUAUCCUGUGGUGUGCCUUGCUGUAGAUUAGUGCAAUAUCCUGGUGAGUUUGUGGUAACAUUCCCAAGGGCCUACCACGUCGGAUUUAGCCAUGGAUUUAAUUGUGGAGAAGCUGCCAACUUUGCAACUCCCCAAUGGUUAAAGUUUGCUAAAGAGGCUGCAGUUCGAAGGGCUGUGAUGAACUAUCUUCCGAUGCUCUCCCAUCAACAGCUACUGUACUUGCUAGCAGUUUCUUUUAUAUCCAGAACCCCGAGAAUAUUGUCUGGAAUUCGAACUUCUCGUUUGAGAAAUCGAAGAAAAGAAGAAAGAGAACUGCUGGUCAAACAAGAAUUCUUACAGGACAUGAUUAGUGAAAACAAGCUUUUGUGUUUUUUUCUAAAAAAGAAAUUAAUUGAUAAUGUUGUGAUAUGGGAACCUGACUUGCUACCAUCUCCUACUGCUCUACAUUUCUGCUCUUCUGGCUCAAAAGCUUCUGAGAAGAAGUCUGAGGAUGGUUGCAGAAUUGAAUCUAGUCAAUGCAACAACAAAGAUAACAGUACAUCUGAUGGUACUGCACGGAUGAUUGGGACACAACCUAGAUGCAUGCCUACAAAUAGCAAAUCAUCUGAUGCUACAUCUGCUUCCGAGGAGGAAAAGCCUGAUGCUAAUCCAGAUGAUGAAGGUGACCUGCCUUUUGAUUUGAGCAUUGAUUCUGGUUCAUUGACCUGUGUUGCUUGUGGAAUUCUUGGUUAUCCAUUUAUGACCAUUCUGCAACCUUCCAGAGAAGCAUUGGAAAGAAUUUCCGUUCAUAGAGAUAGAUACAAACUGAGUUGUGAAAAAGAUAAUUGUUCAAAUGUACUUCCAUGCUGUCCUGCUGAUGGCAAUUCUGGAUGCCCAUUUAUUCCCAAUAGACCUUCCAGCCCUGUGGAACAGCCAUGUCUGCCUUCUCUCGCAGAACAGGCUAACUUGGAUAAUCAGAAUAUGAAGUCGCAUAAAGAUGAUGUUUGUUUAACUGAGAAAGAACUUGAUCUGCAGCAACACGGUAAAAGUUUACAUUCUUGCUGCAGUGAAAAUACUCUUCAUUCAUGCAGUAACAGGGAGAAAUCUGAGAAUAAUAUACCAAGUGACAGUCAUGACAUUGAUGUGCCAGCUGUAGAAUGUUGUGGCAAUACUAUCAACUGGAACACUAAUUGUACGUUUGCACGGCCUCGAAUCUUUUGCUUGCAGCAUGCCCUUGAGAUUGAGAAGUUGCUUGAGGGCAAAGGUGGUGUCCAUGCCCUCAUUAUUUGCCAUUCAGAUUAUAUCAAAUUAAAAGCGCUUGCAAUAUCAAUAGCUGAGGAAAUUGAGUUUCAAUUUGACUGUACAGAUGUUCCACUUGCUAAUGCAUCGAAGUCUGAUCUAAAUUUAAUCAACAUUUCAAUUGAUGAUGAGGGGCAUGAGGAAGAUGGAAGAGACUGGACAUCACAGAUGGAUCUGAACCUGAAAUAUUGUGCCAAGCUUAGGAAAGACUUAGGGAAUCAAGAACAAUCUCCUUUGUCAUUUUGGGAGCUGUUUUCCAACCCUUCGCCUAUUUCAGUUGUUCCAAAUUUAAAAUGGCUCUGCAGAAAAGCACGAACUCCAUACAAAGUUGUUGGUUCUAUUUCCAGCUCUGAUGCCACAGCAACUGCUGAGAAAGUUAACCCUGAAGUUACAAAGAUGAAGAUAGGCACAUAUGGAAAUUUUUAUGAGGAUGACAAUAGCCAGUGGACUUUCCAACAAUGUGGCCUGCUGCAACCAAGUAGACUGCAAAAUUCUGAAGAUAUAGCCAAUAUACACUUGUGUUCUGAGGAAAAUGACCAUGACACACAUUCUUUUAUUGAUAUCCCUAUUGCUCUUGCUGAAUAUCCUAUGAUGCAUCAAGUUUGUGAAGGUCCAGUAACUAUUAGCACAUGCAAUGACUCUAUUUGUUCAUCAGAUUCCCAGGAUUCAUCCCAACUUGCCGCAUCACCAGUUGAAGUUACGGGGGAUCAAGGGUGUGUACAAUCAACUGGGUUGAGUAGUUCAACAACUUUUUCUGUUCAACAGUUUUUUGAUUAUGAAACUAUCUUUGUGGAAGGAAGCAUGAACAGUGUAAGCAACCAUGAGCGCUUGGAAUCUCAGAAUAUUACUUUAGGGUACAGAAAUGAACAGCUGCUGGAUCAGCAAGAUCAGGAAAACACAGGGCUUUGCAAUAAUCCCAACGGGAAUCCAGUUUAUUCGUGCCUGGCAGAGGGUUUGGCUAUAUCUGAAGAAAAUCAUGGGGGCACUGUAUCAGCGACCCUUGAAAAUGAGGAGGGCUGUGCUAUGACGUCUUAUUGUUCUGAUACUGUAAUAAGAAGUAAUAACUCUGCAACUGAUAAUCAACCUGAGAUACAUGAUUUGGGUGCUUCAAUGACUGCAAUCCCUGGGCAAGAUGGAGAAUCUGUCCACACUGGAUCGAAUUCUUUUGAUACUUUACUUGGAGCUUUAGCUGAAGAGUCCAAGGUAGCAGAUACUCCUGGAAAAGAUGAGAUUGGCAAAGCUUCCUUGAUAUUAAUGACACUGGCUAGCAAUGAGCACUCUGCAGAUGAAGUCACAGAAGGCAAAGUUAGAGAGAUGGCAAAAACAGGCACAGUUUCGGGAGUAAUAAUAAAAGACCAACAGGUUGAUAGGCCAGGUGACUUCCAUAUACCAGAUCUGGUGUCUAGAAGCAUUGGGCGCUCAAGUAGAACACAUAUCAUAUGGUAUGUCAGACGCAAACACAAAAGAAAGAGGGAAUCCGUGUCAAAUGCUGAGAGUUCGCAAAGUCUUGGGAGUUUUGUCCGGUCCCCCUGUGAGAGCUUGAGGCCGAGGGCAAGACUCUGCUGAAAGGCUGGCAGAGAACAGGAUUGUGGAAGACUCUGCUGCAAAAAAGGGUAAGAGGACCAAAUGAGAAUCGUUUCAGUGUGAUAUUGAUUUUUGUGACAUGACAUUUGAGACUAGAGCUGAACUUCAUGCCCACAAGUGCAAUAUUUGCACCGACGAGUCAUGUGGCAAGCGUUUCAGCUCACACAAAUACUUGAAGCGUCAUCGUUGUGUCCACAGCGAUGUGAGGCCAUUAAAAUGUCCCUGGGAUGGUUGCAACAUGACUUCGAAAUGGCUGUGGGCUCAGAAUGAACAUGUCAGAGUGCACACAGGAGAGUGCCCGUAUAAGUGCUCUGAUCCUGACUGUGGGCAGACAUUUAGAUAUGUCUCAGAUUACAGCCGCCAUAGAAAGAAGUUUAAUCAUCAGUGAUAGUUUCUAGUUUUCGAGUUCCUAGUCACAGCUGGGGGCAAAUCUCCAGCUGUUUGUGUUGGGCCCACCUGACAGCUGAUAGGCCUAGUGCAACAGUGUCUGUACCUUUGUUAACAAUGUGCUAAAUUUAGUCUAGGAAUCAGAAAUUGUUGCGGGUGAAGGCGCACCCCUCCUGUGUCCAUGUAGAGUUGCAUAAGCUGGUCUUCUCACUUGACAUGUGGUCAUUCAUUCUUUGUUUCUCAGAUCAGUGAUGUAUUUAAUCCCAGAUAAACUUUAUGAGAUGAAACCAUAUGAUUUCAAAAUAAACUUUGAUUGGCUUCGUACCA